AAUGUUCAAUAUUCAGAUCACAAGGCCAUAAAUCAUGCUGAUCAAGCAAUUUGCAUGGAAACUCAGACCUUUGGAAGUUUGGGAAUGGAUUCCAUGACGCAGACAAUUGAUGACCUGGUCUGGGACAUUGGGACGCAAACAGUUGAGGAUAUUGUAACUGACAUGAUGACUCAAACGGGAGAUGAUUUACUAGAAUAUCUGACCAAUGAUUCCCAAACACAAACACUAGAUGACUUUUAUGACCAACUGUCAGCAUGGGGAGAAUCUGGUGACCUAUCAGACGGCAGGCAAAACACAUCACUCCUCAGAUUAGGCAGUAGUUCUCAAAUUACAAGCUUGUUACCUGGAGACAAUGCAAGUACACAAACAGCCGGGGACUUUGAUAGUCAAGAUCUAAGUUUUUCAAGCAACAGCUUUGUUGGACCGUGGAACAGCCCUUCAAGUAACUCAGAGGAAGAAAAUCAAAACUAUUCUGACUAUCCAACAAAAUGGGAUUAUGCACAUGGUUCCCGUCAAGACAAAAUGCAUUGUGAUGGUGACGUCUCAGAAAGAGCUACAAGAAACCACUUUGACAGUGUCACCUUUCCUUUAGAGUCUGCAUCAGAUAGGAUCAAUACAGCCGAGUGUUUCAAAGAAACUGAAACAUCAGAAACACAAACAGUUUUUGACCCAAUUUUUUCAUAUUUUGACACUGCAGAUGUUUUGUUUCAAGCACCUAAGCCAACAAGGUAUCUAGAAUCUUCACACACGCAGACAGCUUUUGACCCCAUGCUAUCAUCAGUGACAUCCUAUGAUGGGGGUUUGGUGUAUUCCAACAAAGAGACAUCUGAGACGCAGACAGCGAUGGAAAUAGAAUCGAUGGUCAGCCGAGAGACGGCUCAGUGUCAGACACC